UUCGGUGUAACAUGAUCAUUUUCCCAAGGCAAAACCAUUAAAAAUUCUUUGUUAAACUCAAUAAACCUCAUUUUAUUUGAAAUAGCCUUAUCUCGAUGUUUUGCCUUCCAUAUAACGAGGUCAUAGCAAUAAAAUUUCAACAAUACUUGAAUUACUUAGUUUUUUUACAUUAGUUUUUUGAUGUUACUUUUCCUUUAAUAAGGUCAUUGUGACCGUGUGAUGCAGAGAUUGAGAUUUAAUCUAGGAUUAAAUCUUUUUUUCCUUUUUUUUUUUUAGGGUUUCUCUUGGGAAGAAAGCCUUGCUCUUGUGUAGUUCACCAUGGUAUUUUUUACUUGCAAUGCUUGUGGGGAAUCUCUAAAGAAAGGACAAGUUGAAAAACACAGAGGAACGUGCCGCAGUUGUGGAUGUCUCUCUUGUAUUGAUUGUGGAAAAGAUUUCUGGGGAGACAACUACAAAAACCACCUAAAAUGCAUCAGUGAAGACCAGAAAUAUGGAGGCAAAGCUUUUGAAGCAAAAGCAAACAAAGGGGAUGUGAAACAGCAACAGUGGCUACAGAGGCUUCAAGAAAUUAUGAAGAAGCCAAACACAAGCCCAAACAUUCGUGACAUUUUAAACCAAAUGAGUUCAUAUGAUAACAUUCCAAGGAAAAAAGCCAAAUUCCAGAACUGGAUGAAGAACAGCUUGAAAAUUCAUAACCAGUCACUACAUGACCAGGUGUGGGAGAUUUUUGCUGAGGCUACAAGCUCUGCACCGAGCAAUCAAGAGAAGCAGAAGCAGCCUGAAAAUUCUGUUGCUGAAGACAGAUCCGAACCGCCUCCAGAAGCAGUGGAGGAGAAUAGGAAAAAGAAGAACAAAAGAGAACGCAAAGAAGAGAGACAAAAGAAGAACAAGAAGGAUCUUGUAGAGGAGCAGAUGGAAACUGUAGAGAAGAAUAAAAGCAAGAAGCGUAAAGUAGUGGAGAAUGUCGUGCAUUCUGAGACUGAUGUGUCCGUGGAAAGGAAGAAGAAAAAUAAGCAUGAUGAGGAUGAGGAUGAGAAUGACAGCGAAGGUCAGGCUGAAACCAGUCAAAUCACUGAGGAAGAGGCAGGCCAGUGUGGUUCAGAAGGUAAACAAGAAAAUGGGGAAGAUGAAUCUGCUGAUGUGAAUGCUACAAGCAGCGAAAUAGCACAAGGCAAAUUUAACUGGAAAGGAACGAUCGAAGCUCUGCUGAAAAAAGCUCCUGACAAUGAACUGCCAAUCAAGAGACUGAGAAAGAAGGUUCUUGCUCAUUACUAUGCCGUAUCUUCUAAACACCACAAAUCUGAAAAAGACCUCCUGAUAGCAUUCAACAAGAAGAUCCGCAAUAAUCCUAAAUUUAGAGUUUUAAAGGAGAGAGUUAAACUCCUAAAAUAAGCUUGAAAUUAUAAAAUGUUUUAAAAUUUGAGUUUCCACAUAUGUUUUAGAGCUGUGAUGCCUGCAAGUUUUAGCUCUAUUUAUUCCCUGGGAAGGAAAUGUCAUUCCUCAUUGACCUGUACAUAGUUUUUAUUAUUUGCAAUUGCAAACUUUAAAAACACUUUUUUGCUAUGCCUCUCCCAUCGAUGUCUUAAAGGCUGAUACACCUUAAAAUGCCAUUUUAUAUUUGCUGCAGUUAUUAAUGCAUUUUGUUUUAUUUUAUCUUUGUUUAUUGAAUUGAUUCCCCAUCCUCGAUAACAUCAGCCAGUUAAUGCUUGAGCCUGUCCUUAAACGCAGAUUGCAGACAUAAACUUGCCUGAGCAGUUUGCUCUUGGAGCAUAUUUGUAGACAAACAUUUUGUCCUGAGUAGUUCAGGUCCAAUGAAGUCAUAGAAUAGGACAGGGGGGCAGAUCGGAAAUCUCAGCUUUGUAUGUGGUUAGGUAACUUGACCUAAGGGCAAUUUAGUUCAUGGUGAUUCUGAAUAUUCUCCAUGUAUAUUCUCCAUUUGCUUCACUUUGUUUCUCAAAAGUUGCAGCAGUUAGUGUGUCCAUGCAACAUAUGUCUGAGUGCACUUUAUGGUUCUGAGCCUUUUGUCCAAUAACAAAUCACAAUUACCUGCCUUUAUAUUUCCCUUAUAUCUAUUUUCCUGCAUCUUGGUUUCAUUUAGAUUCUAUGCAUACAUUCACACAUUCAGUUGUAAGUAAAAAUUACAAGUAGCUUCCACCUUAAAAUGCAGCCAGUUGCAGUCAUUUUAUUCAUUUUAAUGUUUGCAGCUAUAACUGCUGUUUCCCAGCUUUCCUACCAAACCUUGUAACUCUCCUAAUGUGCUGCUCAAAUAUCUCAGCAGUUUAAGUGAGGGUUGUAGCAGAAAAAUACUUUACUGCACCUGCAAAAUGCAGAUGUUAAAUAUAUAUUUUUCAUAUGAAAUACCAUGUGAGAAAUACAACUUUCUUGUUGGCAACAGA